UUGUUAAUAGGAAUGUCAUGGAAUUCGGAAAAUCGACUGAACACGUGCGAAGCGAAGUUGCCGGGAAAUGCCGGUUGAGCCUAGGCCGCGGCAACUAAAAUAAUUUUAAAUCCUGGUUAGACACAGUCAUGUCCGAACGACCUGCUCAUGAAAUUGUGAUUGCAUCUAAUGAAGCAGAAGUUCAACAGUGUUACAAAAUUCGUAUAGAUGUCUUCGCUCACGAACAGGGUUUCCCUAUCGAGACCGAAAUAGAUCAUUUAGAUCCUAUCGCAACCCAUUUCUUAAUGCGACUGACACCAUCUCUCACACCUAUCGGUGUCAUCCGUGGUUCCAAGUCUAACGAAACAGGCUAUUACAAGCUCUCUCGUCUCGCGGUUCUCAAGGACUAUCGCCAAUUCAAGUUUGGGCGCGAGCUUGUUGAAGCUUUCCAUGAGUGGGUGCGAGUAGAUGCUCAAAAGUCUGGUCAGGUAGAUGGUUCGGUGAAAGUUGCUUGCCACUCUCAGAUUCCCGUCAAAGGGUUUUACGCGAAGUUUGGUUAUAUUCCAGAGGGCAAAGAGUUUGAUGAAGAAGGUGAUCCGCAUCAGAAAAUGGUCCUCGAGCUACCAUUACAGUAAACGAUGGAUCUACAAUAUAUACUAGAUAUUUCUGUAUGUACAUAGUCACUGAACAGAUUUACGCUUCCUUGUCAAUGAAGGAAGAAGUUAUAGGGUAGAAGAAAUGAGCGCUAGUAAUACAAGCAUAAGGUGGGGUGAUGAUACAAGUCUGUUGUAUGUACUGAGUGUUCUAUCAAGAAAUAAUAACAUAAGUCAAAGAAGACAUGGUAGUAUAGUACGUACUAAAGGGGUAACAUAGAGCAAGAAACAAUUCGAAACCAUGAACAAGAUCAAGCUGCAGCAUGCCACGUAACUGCCGCGGCUG